UCUGUCCCCUUCAUCUCUCUCUCCUAUAUUAUAAUACGCGCAUAAUAUCCCCCCACUUUCCCUGUCUCUUUCACCUCUUCUCUCUCUCUCAUCUGUAUGACAAACCCGUGGAUCCAUCUCUUCCUACCAUUCCCUGCAGGCUGCAUCUCUCUUCCUUACUCUCUCUAUCUCUCCUCUUCCAUGUCCUCCCUCCUUCACUGAAACACCUACCUCAAAUCUCAACCUCUAUUUCUCCUUAUUCAAUCAGAUCUACCUUCACUUUCUCUCUCCUAGGGUUUCAAUUCCGUCGGAAAUUAGGGUUUCUCGAUUUAGAUCUGCAUUGAAGAAAUGUCUUCUUUCAGGGCAGAUCUGACGACGACCGCGAGAAUCUACCCUGAACCGUUUCUAGAUUACAGCAGCAGCAGCAGCAGCAACAACAACAACAGCGUAAUUGAUGGUGUUGAUCACUUCGAUAGAUUACCAGAUUCUGUGCUUUUGUUAGUUUUCAACAAGAUCGGCGAUGUCAAAGCUCUUGGAAGGUGUUGCGUGGUUUCUCGAAGGUUCCAGACUUUGGUUCCUCAGGUUGAAAACGUCGUCGUUCGAGUUGAUUGCGUGAUCUCCGAUGAUGAUUCCUCCUCCGCCGCUUCUUCAGCAGAUAAGUCUCGCUCUCCUUUCGCUAAUCUUGUUCGUCUCAUUUUCGGGAAUAUCUUUAAGCCUCUUCAGGCUUUGGGACAUUUCUUAGGGCCCAAGCGAUCUGGUCCCGGUGCUGCUCUUGUAACUGGACCUUCAUCGUCUUCGGCUUCGUUAUUGGUUGGUAAUGGGGUGGAUGAUGAAGAGGGGGAGCAGGGAGGUGUCACCCACCAUUCUCCAACUCAGGUGUUGAAGAACUUUCAUGAGAUUCGGUUUCUGAGGAUCGAGCUACCGAGUGGUGAGCUGGGGAUUGAUGAUGGAGUUUUGCUUAAAUGGAGAGCGGAUUUCGGCUCAACAUUGGAUAAUUGUGUUAUUCUUGGUGCUUCGUCGGUUGUUCACGUAUCCAAAAGUAGUCAAAUGAAUGAGAAUGAGCAGAUGAGCUCCAAUAAUGAUGAUAAUGGGAGUAUACCUGAGUCGUUUUACACGAAUGGUGGUCUAAAGUUGAGGGUGGUGUGGACGAUUAGCUCGUUAAUUGCAGCUUCAGCUAGACAUUAUUUAUUACAACCCAUAAUCGCCGAGCAUCAAACAUUAGAUAGUCUUGUUUUAACAGAUGCAGAUGGGCAGGGGGUGCUUUGUAUGAAUAGGGAUCAGUUGGAGGAGUUAAGGGUGAAGCCUUUGUCGGCUUCAUCUGCGUCAAAGAGGACUCUUGUGCCUGCGUUGAAUAUGAGGUUGUGGUAUGCACCUCAUUUGGAGUUGCCUGAUGGAGUUAUUUUGAAGGGGGCCACAUUAGUUGCUAUUCGACCCAGUGAGCAGUCAGGAGUCAGUGUUAAGAAGGAGAUAUCGGACUUGUCUUGGGUUUCUACUGCUUUUGAAGAGCCCUAUGGGACAGCAGCAAAGAUGCUGGUCAAAAGACGGACUUAUUGUCUUGAGAUGAACUCCUUUUGAGAAGCAAGUGACUAAGUGAGUAUAGGGAGGCAUUGUGUCAACAAAAAUAUGGGAGGAGGGGGUUCAAAGGGUUCUUGAAGACCGGGAAUACAAUUUUGUCUGCUAAUGACACGUAAUGGGCGGGGAUGGUGCCCUUUGAAGUAAACGUUGCUAAACUAUAUGGUUGAGGCACCAAUAAUCUGUCCUUUGUAUAAAAUGAACUUGUAUGGCACCUUACCAGGUUCAAAGAGUGUGUUUGGUUCAGUUGAUGCCAUAUGCUUGUAAGAAAUGCACACAUGCAACUAGAUGGAAGUGUUGGAGCUUUUGAGUUUGUGGAUGCUUUAUAAUCACCUAUCGAUUGUGAAUAUUGUAGGCAAUGAAUAUGUUGAUGCUUCAUUUGAUGCAAGUUUUUAUGUCA